AUGCCAUUUGUGCUCACUGGUUUAUUCCAUCUCUUGGAGUCUUUGAGCCCUUAUCUAACUCGUGCCGGUCCAUCAUUGAAACACAAAGCAGGAGCAUCUAUACAUACUAGAAGAAGAUUUCUAAGCAUUGCAACCAUUACUACCAUUAGCUUAUGCAAUAGAAAUUUGGGCGUGCCUGUAAAACAAAAUGAGAGACAAGCACUUCUAAUGUUCAAGCAAGAUCUUAAGGAUCCUUCAAAUAGGCUUUUAUCUUGGGUUGGUGAGGGAGAUUGUUGCAAUUGUACUGGAGUUGUCUGCGACAAUCUAACCGGUCAUGUUCGUGAGCUGCACCGUGGGAAAUAUUAUUCAGAUGAGUAUCUGAAUUAG